AUGGCGACCAACGACGCUACCCAGACGGAGAGACCUCACGAAGCCCUGCAAUAUCCUGCCGUUUCAGCAGUCGCCCUCAAGCUUCCGUGUUUCUGGCCUGCAGACCCUGUCCUUUGGUUCGCGCAAGUCGAGGCCCAGUUUACUACAAGAAGAAUUGUGUCUCAGGAAACAAAAUUCCACCUCGUUAUUGCGGCCCUAACGCGAACCGAAGCAGCCGAGGUGCGCGAUAUCAUCCUCGCUCCUCCGACCGAGCAGCUAUACGACGCGUUGAAACGCGAGCUCAUCCGCCGCCUGCAACAGCUCCUAACAGCCCAAGACCUGGGGGACCGCAAACCAUCGCAGUUGCUUCGUGGCAUGCGCCAGCUCCUGGGAGAGAAGGCGUCGAAGAUGGACGACUCCCUCCAACGCCUCCCUGCAAAUGUUUGCAUGAUUCUUGCAGCGGCUGGUGACUUGCCCCUCGAUGACCUCGCCGCUCUCGCUGACAGGGUGUUGGAGGUGCUGAGGUCAGUGCGGUUCCGGCGACGCGUGAAGAUCGGCAAGGCCAACCAGCAUACAACCUGCAAGCCGUGA